AGCUGUUUUUGAACAUUUGAAUGUCUUCAAAUAUGACGAUAGAUAGUUGUCGCUCACUUUGGGUGAGCGUAUGUAGCCGGAGUUUAGCUUGUUCCUCGUAGGAACUAGCUAGCUUAGGUUGCUAACUAGCUCGCCUAUCAACAGCUGGAGAGAGACAGCUGUCAACAGAGAACACCGAAGUAUUGACAUUACUGGUCAUUAAACAUUUCAGUUUUGCCAUUUUACAUUUUACACGACAUUUAAGCACGGUUUUAAUAGCGUCUCAACCAGUGACGGCUACUGUAACUACUAGGCGAGGGUGCACAGCACUGUGUCAAAAGGUCCUCGCCAUGGAGCUGGCUCACAGUCUGCUGCUCAAUGAAGAUGCCUUGGCCCAGAUCACUGAAGCAAAGAGGCCUGUCUUCAUCUUUGAAUGGCUCCGCUUCUUGGAUAAAGUUCUUGUGGCUGCAAAUAAGGUGGAUGUGAAGGAGAAGCAGAAGAAGCUGGUGGAACAGCUGACAGGGCUGAUCAGCAGUGCUCCUGGACCACCAACAAGGAAACUGCUGGCCAAAAACCUCGCCACCCUCUACAGCAUCGGUGACACCUUCACAGUUUUCCAGACUCUGGAUAAAUGCAAUGACAUCAUCAAAAGCAAAGAUGACACACCUGCAUACCUGCCAACAAAACUUGCUGCAGUGGCAUGUGUUGGAGCUUUUUAUGAGAAGAUGGGCAGAAUGCUGGGAAGCUCCUUUCCAGACACAAUUAAUAAUCUUUUGAAGGCAUUAAAGAGUGCAGAGUCCCAAGGCAGAGGAGAGAUCCUCCUCAGCCUGCAGAAGGUGCUCAGUGGGCUAGGUGGGGCUGCAGCUUCAUGUCACAGAGAUAUCUACAAGAAUGCCCGCUCCCUACUCACAGACAGGUCCAUGGCCGUGCGCUGUGUGGUAGCAAAGUGCCUGUUGGAGCUACAGAAUGAGGCGGUAUUCAUGUGGACCACAGAACUGGAGAACAUGGCCACGUUGUGUUUCAAGGCCCUGGAGGGAUCCAACUAUGGUGUUCGAGUAGCGGUGGCCAAACUGCUGGGGACAGUCAUGGCUACUGCUUUGAUGCCCAAACAAGCAGCUGUGAUGCGUCAGAAUGUGAAGCGGGCCACUCUGGAGGAGGUGCUGGAGCUAAUGGCCACUGGAUUUCUGCGUGGUGGAUCUGGCUUCCUGAAGAGCGGAGGGGAAAUGUUAAAGGGGGGAGGCUCUGUCAGCAGGGAGGUGCGGGUGGGCGUCACACAGGCCUACGUUGUAUUUGUGACUACACUUGGUGGUCAGUGGCUGGAGCGCAACUUCGCCACAUUCCUGUCCCAUGUUUUGGACCUGGUGUCUCACCCGCGGGCCACGCAGACACACGUUGAGGCUGUGUACUCACGUCGCUGUGUCUCCUUCAUGCUUCGCGCCACCCUGGGGGGCUUACUUGGAGAGAAAGCACAAAUUGCAGCCGGCAAAGAAAUCUGCCAAGCCAUCAGCAAGCAAAUGAGGGCUGUGGGUAAGGAGGAUGGGGGGGAAAUGUCACGGUUCAGAGCACUGCAGAAGGCAGUUGUGAAUGACAUCAGUGGAGAGAACAAGGCAGGGGCAGCUGACGUCUCUGCCAGUCAGCAUGUUAUGGUGUGUGCAUUGAAAGAACUGGGCAGUCUAGUUCAGAGCUUGAGUGCCACAGCCUCACCACUCAUCCAGGAGCCUUCUAUAGGACUUCUUGAGACUGUGACUUCAGUGCUGCUGCACCCAAGCAUGGCAGCUCGUUUGGCGGCAGCCUGGUGUCUGCGGUGUGUUGCCGUGGCCCUGCCCUAUCAGCUGACCCCACUGCUGGACCGCUGCGCAGAGAGAAUCAACAACCUGAAGAGUUCACCCGAAGCUGUGAGCGGCUACAGCUUUGCGAUGGCUGCUCUGCUGGGAGGCGUACACCAGUGCCCACUGGGUAUCCCCCAUUCCAAGGGCAAGUUAGUUGUGAGUAUAGCUGAAGAUCUCCUGCGGACAGCUGCUCAGAAUAGUCGACUGUCCCUGCAGCGCACACAGGCUGGAUGGCUUCUAUUAGGGGCCCUCAUGACUCUGGGUCCCGCCCUUGUACGCUAUCACCUCCCCAAGAUGUUGCUGCUGUGGAGGAAUGUGUUUCCUCGCUCGCAGAAGGAGCUGGAGGCAGAAAAGGCGAGAGGAGACUCCUUCACCUGGCAGGUCACCCUGGAGGGCCGAGCUGGAGCGCUGUGCGCCAUGCGUAGCUUUGUGGCCCACUGUCCCGAGCUGCUCACAGAAGAUGUGAUCCGUAGACUGAUGACUCCCAUUGAAUGUGCCAUGACCAUGAUGUCUCAUGUCCCUGCCAUCAUUAAGGUCCAUGGUGCUCAUCUGAAAGCAAGUGCAGCGAUGGUGAGGCUCAGGUUGUACGAUAUCCUGGCUCUAUUGCCUCCGAAGACCUAUGAAGGUAGUUUCAAUGCCCUCCUGAGGGAGCUGGUGGCUGAGUUCACUUUGACAGACAACUCGGCUAACACCACUACCUCUUUGCUGCGCUCUCUCUGUCACUAUGACGACAGUGUGCUCAUGGGCUCCUGGCUACAGGAGACUGACCACAAAUCCAUUGAGGAUCAACUGCAGCCCAACAGUGCGUCUGGCAGCGGAGCUCUGGAACACGAUCCCUCCUCCAUCUACCUGCGUGUCCCUGUAGGUGAGGCCAUCCCAGGGCCUCUCCCUUUGGGUGUAUCUGUCAUUGAUGCUUCUGUGGCUCUGUUUGGUGUGGUUUUCCCGCAUGUCUCCUUCAAACACAGGCUGCAGAUGCUAGACCACUUUGCAGAGUGUAUAAAGCAGGCUAAAGGUGUUCGACAGCAGGCAGUCCAACUAAACAUCUUUACUGCAGUGCUUAGUGCCCUCAAGGGUUUGGCCGAGAACAAGAGUAGUCUGGGUCCAGAGGAGGUUCGUAAGUCGGCCCUGGCCCUGGUGAUGGGAGCUUUGGACAAUCCUAACCCCAUCCUGCGCUGUGCUGCUGGAGAGGCCCUGGGCAGGAUGGCUCAGGUGGUGGGAGAGGCUACCUUCAUCGCCAGAAUGGCACAGACCAGCUUUGACAAACUGAAGUCGGCACGUGAUGUAGUUUCAAGGACAGGCCAUUCACUGGCUCUCGGCUGUUUGCAUCGAUAUGUUGGAGGAAUUGGCUCAGGCCAGCACUUAAAGACCAGUGUCAGCAUCCUAUUGGCUCUGGCACAGGAUGGGUCCUCUCACGAGGUCCAGACAUGGGCUCUGCACUCUCUGGCCCUGAUCGUGGACUCCAGUGGUCCCAUGUACAGAGGCUACGUGGAGCCCACCCUGUCCCUGGUGCUCACCCUGCUCCUCACUGUGCCCCCAUCUCACACAGAGGUGCACCAGUGUUUGGGCCGCUGCCUGGGAGCUCUCAUCACCACUGUGGGACCCGAAUUACAGGGAAAUGGAGCCACUAUCUCCACCAUUCGCUCGUCCUGCCUGGUUGGUUGUGCCAUAAUGCAGGACCACUCGGACUCCCUUGUGCAGGCAGCUGCCAUCUCAUGUCUGCAGCAGCUGCACAUGUUCGCUCCACGCCAUGUCAACCUGUCAAGCCUGGUGCCCUGUCUCUGUGUAAGAGAUAUGUUUCAGACUAUAAGUAUGGUACUAGCGUUUGUCUUAAUCCUAAUCAUAAUUUCCUACUGUGCUAUGGGAACCCUGCAGGUGCAUCUAUGUAGCUCUCACCUAUUGCUGCGUCGUGCUGCCGUGGCCUGCCUGAGACAGCUCGCCCAGAGAGAGGCUGCAGAGGUCUGUGAGUAUGCUAUGAGCCUGGCGAGGAGAGCAGGAGACAGCAAAGACAACACUACAAUCAAUCUGAACAUUACAGAGACUGGUCUGGAGGGUGUUCUUUUUGGCAUGCUGGAUCGGGAGACAGACAGGAAGCUUUGUUCUGAUAUCCAUGACACACUGGGGCACAUGCUAUCGUCUCUUGCUGUGGAAAAGCUUUCUCAUUGGCUGAAACUUUGCAAGGAUGUCCUGGCAGCAACUACAGAUGUAGGAGGAGCCGUUGCAUUCGAGGUGGAAAAGGAUGAGGAAGACUCAGAGAAAAAAGACGAGAUGGACGAUGACACCAUGUUCACAGGCCUGGGCGAAGACGACAAAUCCAAGCCCUCUGUGGCUCCGCGCUGGGUGACGCGGGUGUUUGCCGCCGAUUGCUUGUGCCGCAUCAUCCUGCUGUGUGAGAAUGCAGACAAAGUGCACUUCGACCUGGCAGCUGCCCGCUGUGCACAAGCCAAGAACCCCAAAGGAGAUCUGUUGGUGCUCCAUUUGUCUGACCUCAUCCGCAUGGCCUUCAUGGCAGCAACAGACCACAGUAACCAGCUGAGGAUGGCUGGCCUCCAGGCCCUGGAGGACAUCAUUAAAAAGUUUGCAUCCGUACCAGAGCCUGAGUUCCCAGGGCACGUUAUCCUGGAACAAUACCAGGCUAAUGUCGGAGCUGCCCUCAGACCCGCAUUUUCGCCUGAUACACCGUCUGACAUAACAGCUAAGGCAUGCCAGGUGUGUAGUACGUGGAUUGGUAGUGGCGUAGUCAGUGACCUCAAUGACCUGCGGCGAGUCCACAACCUGCUCGUGUCAUCGCUGGACAAGGUGCAGGCUGGAAAGGGUUCAUCCAGUCAGCUGUACAGUGAGAGUGCAACCACGAUGGAGAAACUGGCUGUGCUGAAGGCGUGGGCUGAGGUGUAUGUGGUGGCGAUGAAGAUCAAGAAAGAGGCCGAGUCUAAACCUGCCAAGCCAGUCAGAAGCGGAGACGACGAUGAGGAUGAGGAGGAUCUGGGCGCCGACGUGCUUCCACCCGACAGUCUCAUCACAUUGGUGCAGCCAGAGCUGCCCUCGCUGAGCCGCCUGUGGCUGGCCAUGCUGCGGGACUACGCUCUGCUCACUCUGCCUGCUGAGUUCUCCAGUCAGCUGCCCCCUGAUGGUGGAGCGUUUUAUACUCCUGAGACUAUAGACACAGCAAGGCUCCACUACCGCAGCUCCUGGGCCCCUGUCCUGCAUGCUGUGGCCCUUUGGCUGAGCAGCACCGGGUUUGGAGCUGCUGAGGAGAAAGAAGAGGUCCCAUCAGCUCCCUCCAAGGCCCCUGCCCUCCCUCAAGGAGCCCCCUCCGCCACAAAGACCCUUGAGGAGUCAGUCAAAGACAGGAUGCAUCUAAUGUUGGGUGUCAGUAUAGAGUUUCUUUGCUUCCCCCGGCCAGAGGAGCCCAUUGAACAUGUGAUGUCUUGCCUGCAGGCGCUGUGCACUCUGCUAGAAUCUCCUUGUGCUAAGAUCCAUAUCGCAGAGGACCAGCUGUUGGCAGUGGAGCUCCUGAACGUGCUCCACAGGCUGCUGUUGACCCGGGACCCUCCUGCUGUCCAGCUCCAGGUCACUGCUGUGGUACAGGAGACCAUCAGGGCUGCACAGGACCAGCUGCAGCGACAGAAGACCAGCAAGGGCAAAGAGGAGGAAGGUGAGAAAGACUCUCAGCCCAGUCUAGGGGAAGGAGGAGACACAGGGGAGCUCGUCCCUGGCAAGUCUCUAGUGUUUGCAGCAAUGGAGCUGCUCGUGUUCAUCCUGGUCCGCCACUUACCACAGCUUAAUACACGUGUGAAGGAGUCACCCAGUCAUGUGCCACUCAGGCCUCAGCGACUACCCGAAGAAAGUGCACGCCUGGUGGCAAACACAGUUUCAAUCUUGGCAGAACUGCCCUCGCUCUGCUCUCCUGCUGGAAGCAUGACUAUCCUACCUACGGUGCUCUUCCUAAUCACCGGGGUACUGAGGGAAACUGCAGUUAAGACGUCCGACAACUCGUUGCCUGUGCCUGUGUCAGCUGCCCUGCAGGGCAUCAAGACCAUCAUCACCUCCCCACUGGCCCGGGUGGAGAGCAUGCAGACACAGUGGACCGGCCUCUUGAGGAGCAGCCUGGCAUCUGUGCUGGAGUACUCACAGCCAGAUGAGUCCAGGCCUGACAUGGAUGAGGUCACUAUGUUGACGGCGAUAACACUCUUCCUGCUGUCUGCCAGUAAUGAACUUGUAGGAGUGACAGUCCUGCAGAAGGGCUGCAUGGACCGCUUCCGAAACGGCCUGAACUCUUACGAUCCAGGGGUUCAGGCCCGGUGUUACCAGCUGCUGUUGUCAGUGUUUCAGCACUCCAGCCGUGCCCUGUCUACCCCGUACAUCCACGCUCUGGCUCCACUCAUGGUGGAGAAGCUGAAGGCAGUAGAGCGCAGUCGGCCAGGAACUGCUGCUGAGCUGCAGGCUGUGCAGGAGGGCAUCAGGGUCCUGGAGAGUCUGGUUGGCAUGGUUGAAGAGCAGAACCGAGUGCAGUUGCUUGCUCUUCUUGUACCCACUCUCGUCUCCUACCUUUUGGAUGAAAAUGCCAUCUCCUCUGCGCCCCAAGUCUCCAAAGGCCUGCAUGAUUUUGCCCUUCAGAACUUAAUGAGGAUUGGCCCCCUCUAUCCAGCCGCCUUCAAGAUAGUAAUUGGUGCAGCACCUGAGCUUAAAACCCGUCUGGAAUCUGCUAUACGAGCCAACCAGGCCAGCAGCAAAGCCAAAGCUGCAGCCAGGCAAGCUCAGCCAACUGUGCAAGCUGCACCAACCAUCAAACUCAAGACAAGCUUCUUCUGAGCACUCCAAAAAUGCACUGUACACUCUCACAGCCUAAUUUAAUGUUGUAUUUUUUGGUUUGUUGUGUUUUCUGUCAAGAGUACCACAUGUCAUGUCUGUAACAACGAAAGUUUCUUAAAUGUAUUUAUUUAUUCUACAUCUCAUCUCUGUUUUUAAUGAAUGGGAACUCUUGAAGUUGAAGUCAAGAAGGCAGUGAUGUAAAUAUGAUUAAAAAGCCUUUGAAUGUUAACUAUUAAAAAAAAAAACCUCACUUUAAAAUCUGUAGAAAAUUUUGAUCAUUUGAAUGUAUCAUUUCUGGACUUGAUGCACAUAUAUAAAGGGACACAAUAUACAUUCUUAUUUUUCCAGUAGGUUCUUUUUUUUUUCCUGAUCUUGUUCUUUUUGUCCAGUAAUCAUCCCUCUCUCUGAGUUGAUGUUUACUGUUCACUGCCAUUUUUCUCUUUUUGAUUUGACAUCACCAUGAGCAUGGCAGUUGUUAUAUUCCAGUCAUGCGUGUUUCUUUAAUGGAGCUUGUUUAGUAUAUGGCACUGGGGUCUUCUGAUUGUUACUAACGGGUAUUUCUUUUUUUCUUUUUUUUUUCUUUUUUUGAAAAGGUCAUUUGCUCUUAAAUUAUGUUGUAAACAUUCGACCACAUUCUUUAAAACACAGCUGAGAAAUUAGUUUUGAUCAUCAUUUUGUGCCCAAGAUGAGAUUUUAUUAGAACCCAUAGAUUAUUAAAAUCAUCAGGCUUUCAAAUUGUUUUUAGGUAGAAAUUGCCAUUCUCACAGAGACCGUUUAUUGGUCUGCUCAUAAGUGGGGGAAUACUACAUCAUUGAAUGUAUGUUCUGCAUAUCAUACAGAUUGUUGAUUUCCUUGAUCCAUAGAUAUUUGUAAUAGUUACAUAAUAACCGAGCAUCAGCUGCCAUCAGAAAUUGGCAGACUUGUCGAAAUGGCCCUAUGUAAUAAUCUGCUCUCAUUUCUUUGAAAUGUGAAUAAAGUUGCUUUGACCUCA